AUGGAAUUUGCAAGGACCAAAAAGAGUAUUUCCGUGUCUCAAAGGAAAUACACUCUCGACCUCUUAAAAGAAACAGGAAUGCUAGGAAGCAAGCCUAGUAAAACUCCUAUUGAAUUUGGGAACAAAAUAAAAAUGUUCGAAGGAGAUUCGGUUGAUAAAGGAAGAUACCAGCAACUAGUUGGAAAACUUAUCUAUCUCUCACACACUCGACCAGACAUUGCCUUCACUAUUAGUCUCGUAAAUCAAAUUUUGAGAUACUUCAAGCAAACACUAGGAAUUGGGCUAUAUUUCAAAAAAUCGAGUGAUCGAAAAGUCGAAGUUUUCACUGAUGCUGAUUGGGCUGGAACAAUCGACGACAGAAAAUCCGCAUCUAGUUAUUGUACUCUCCUAUGGGGUAACUUGGUAACAUGGCGAAGUAAAAAACAGUCUGUUGUUGCAAGGAGCAGUGCAGAAGCAGAGUACAGGGCUAUGGCCCAUGUAGUGUGUGAAGUCAUUUGA